CACUGCUGAAACAGUCUGUAGGAUUGUUAGACACAGCACAGAGAGAGAAUGGCUGAGUUCCUCUCCUUCCUGUUUUCCAAUGUGUUUUUAUUGGGCAUUUCUAUAAUUGCUUUACUUUUCCUCCUGGACUUUAUGAAGAGCAGAAAUAAUGGACCACGUUUUCCUCCAGGUCCUAAAGGUCUUCCAUUUCUCGGGAACCUUCUGCAGUUAGACUUCAGACACCCAACAAAGUCAUUUUACCAGAUGAGCAAAAAGUUUGGGAAUGUAUUUAGUCUGCAAUACUUCUGGAAGAAAAUGGUGGUGCUCAAUGGAUAUGAAGUGAUGAAAGAAGCUCUGAUCAACAGGUCUGAAGAAAUAGCAGACCGUCCACAAUUUCCUAUCUAUGAAAGAAUAGGAUAUUCUGGAGACCACACAGGAGUAAUAUUGGCCCGAUAUGGGAACUCAUGGAAAGAGCAAAGAAGGUUUACCCUGACAACACUUAGAAACUUUGGCAUGGGCAAGAAAUCCCUUGAGGAGAGAGUGACAGAAGAAGCACAAUGCCUAUGUUCUGUAUUUAAAUCCAAGAAAGAUCCGUUCGAUCCACGAUUCCUCAUAAACAAUGCUGUUAGUAAUGUUAUCUGCUCCAUUGCAUUUGGAAAUCGGUUUGAGUAUGAUGAUGCGAAAUUCCAACAUCUUUUACGUCUGUUUGAAACAGCCUUGAAGACAGAAUCUGGACUUUUGGCUCAGAUUCUAAAUGAAAUUCCAUUGUUAAUUAAAAUCCCAUGGCUUCUUGAUCGUGUGAUCCAACCAGAGUAUGAACUGAUUGCAUUCUUAAAAGAAAUGAUUUCAGAGCAUCGGCAAACAUGGAAUCCAAACGACAUCCGUGAUUUUAUUGAUGUCUACCUAGUGGAGAUGGAAAAAGUGAAAGAAAAUAGUUCCACUAGUUUUGUUGAGGCAAACCUGAUCGCGACAACAUAUGAUUUAUUUAGUGCUGGGACAGAAACUACAAGCACCACCCUAAGAUGGGCACUGUUAUAUAUGAUCCUCUACCCAGAUGUGCAAUCCAAAGUACAAGAAGAAAUUGAUCAAGUAAUUGGAAGAGAGCGGAAACCAACAAUGGGCGAUGCGCUGCAAAUGCCAUAUACUUAUGCUGUGAUCCAUGAAGUCCAAAGAUGUGGAGAUAUUGCUCCCUUGGCUUUGCCUCAUAUGACCUACAGAGACAUGGAAAUUGAAGGUUACUUAAUACCAAAGGGCACCACUGUCAUCACCAACCUGUCCUCUGUGCUCAAAGACCAACAAGUAUGGGAGAAACCUCUUCAAUUUUACCCAAAGCACUUCCUAGACGAGAAUGGAAAGUUUGUAAAGCGAGAAGCAUUUAUACCAUUUUCUGCAGGUCGGAGGGCUUGUUUAGGAGAACAACUUGCCAGAAUGGAACUCUUCCUGUUUUUUACUACAAUUUUACAGCAACUUACAUUUGAGAUACCAAGUGACCAACCUCGUCCAAGAGAAGAUCCGAUCUAUGCAUUUACACUAAGUCCAUAUCCCUACAAUAUUCAUGUUGUUCCUAGAGUAUAACUUUUCAGACUGAGAUCUGAAUAUAUACAGUAUAAUUGAUCAGUAUAAAAAAUAUAAUUAUAGAAGGCCUUGCUAAGUUUCAAUAUAUAUGCACAGAAGGUGAUAUCUUUCUUAUAAUAAUGCUUUUGUUUUUUCUUAUAAUAUUCAUAUGGUUCGGCUAAAGCAUUAAAGGAGUUCUAUUGGACUUUACCUAAAUUCUCUUGGCUAGCCUGUGGAAGGAAGAGAGUUUCAGCAGUACAUACCCUUCUGUUUCACCUCUGCUGAGGUCCUGACCAGAGGAACUCCUGUCCUGUUCAUCUGCAUGUACAUUAUGUAGCUAAGUAGGAAAAACAGGAGCACAUCUAGUCAGGACUUCAGAAGAAGAGACUGUAGCCAGUCAGGAGAUCACGUGAUCACAGAUGAGAUCAUGGAGUCUGAGGUGCAAUGGCAGGGUUAAUACUGCUGAAACUCUCUUUUUUGCUUAGGUUAGUAGAAGGUGAGACUUUAGAUAGAGCCCCGGAGAACCCCUUUAAAGGAAAUCUGUUACCAGUGACCUCCCUAUCCAACUGUUUGUAUAGACACAUAGCUUUGGUUCACCUGAUUACAACACUGAUUUUCUUUUGUUGAACUGAGGCUCCGUUCCCGAAUUAUAAUACGUUUAACUAUGCACAUUAGACAUCUGGUGCAAUGAGGCCAUCACCACUGCUUGGGUGCAACCAGAGCAAUGGUGACCCCCUAAUUGCACCAAAGGCCUAAUUUGCAUAUUGAGAAAAAGCUAAACUUGGGAACGGAGCCUUGCCUCAACAAAAGAAAACCAGCUUUUUAAUCAGGUUUUUUAAUAGUAUCAACAUUUAUUUUAUAC